CAGGUAUAAAGAGCAUCUUGACUGAAUAAACAUAGGUCAUCUUCCAUAGCUUCAUCUUCUCGAAUCAUAUAAUAAAUGCAGGCACAGUCAAAAAGCGGGUAGAUGGACUGAAGGACUUCUGGCUAUGUACCUCAUGCAUACGCGUGUUUAACUUUAUUGGGCCAGGCCUUGAGUCUUUAUCAGUCUGUCUUAACGAAAAAAGGCCGAUGCGGAGAGUUUAAAAGACGUCAGACUUCUUCGCACGGAUUAUAGCCCGUCAGUUGCUGUUACUUGCCAUCAUCAUCAUAUCCACGUCCAUUCAUUCAAGAUGGGCUUCCGAACAGGUUUUGUGUUGGUUUCGGUUUCGUUCCUUUCAGGUGUCUUGUUCAUCGCAUCGCUAUACGAUUUCCCAUUAUUAUACUCUCAACAUGGUCAACAUGAAUUAGACGUUUCUCUUAAAUUUUACCUUUCUCUUUUCCAAGCUCCAACUGCCGUCUCUGCUUUAUUGCAUGGUAUGAUCGGUUUGGGUUUGAUUGGUCUUUUGGCAAAAUUGCAUAGAUGGACAGAAACUGCAAAAUGGUUUGAUGGUGUCAGUUUGGUGCUAUUCAUGGGAGCUGUUGCAAUGUAUGGUGCAGUUCAAGUACCUAACCUACGCAUCUUAGCCGAUCCAAACAAUAUGGAUCUCCUCUUACGUUCUUCCGUUCGUACUCAACGUGAAGCAGUUGCAAAAGCACGAGUCAAAGCAGGCGAAAUAUCAGCCGAUACAGUUGUUGACCUUGCAAGUGAAGUAUUAACAGCAGAUGAACAAGAAGCAACUAUAAAGGUGAUUGCUGCUGGAAAUACAAUCAUUCUGGCUUUGUUUGCCGGGGUUUUGCUAUUCCAAGCUUCGGAAUGGUGGAUGGAACGUGCUGAACGAAUCGAAGAAGAGAAGAAAAGGGAUGCUGAAAUGAAAGCAUUGGGACUUUCAUCGGGAAAUACAGCUGAAAAGAAGUCUCAGUAGAGUAUCCAUCUGCUUUAUCAUAAAGGAACAUGUACUACAGUGUAAAUAUCGCAAUAUCUGCUGGGAAUGAAUGCAAAUUAUAGGCUCGCUU